CUCCCAUCCUCGAUCUCCGAUCUCUCCUCGAUCUCCGAUCUCUCCUCGAUCUCCUCGCUUCGCACACCGCCACGCUCACCUUUGUGUCACACCACACGUCGUGACGAGCAAUGAAGACAGCGACGAGUGUGUUUCGGCCACCCAGCUCCGCUCAUGCUCUACCAAGCCCGACAUCCGACAACGGUUCUGGCAUACUCUGGUGCCAAGUGACGCGCCCCGUCUCCAACAGUCUCUCGGCCGUCGGGGCCUCGGAGAUCCAACCCGCCAGUCGCAAGAUCGAUGUCUCCAACAUUCCCCCCUCUUUGUGCCCAAAUAAGAAGUGAGAUGUGUGAUCACACAUGUCCCCCGAUUCCCCGAGUCCCACGCCCUCCGCUCCACUAAUAAUACACUACACUGCCGUGUCACGGGACACGACGCCGUGGAAUGCCGCGCAGACGUUUAUAGCUGUGCCGAGCUUUUGCAUAUCCUCGCCACCCGCCCCCCUUCACACCAUGAGCGACGAGCACGCGCACCAGCACGACCACCCCGCCCACAUACACGCCGACUCGCACCCUUCGGCAUCGCAGGACGCCAUGCACCUCGCGGCGUCGAUGCGGCAGGCGGCGCGAGACCACGAGGCUGGGCACGACGAGCACGUGGCCGAGCAGGUCGAGCGCAUGAAUAACGACCACACGCCCGAGGCGACGCGCGUGCUCAACGAACGGGAGAUGCCAGCGCCGGCGGCGAGGCAUGCGCUCGCGGGCCAGGACGACCUCGCGGUCCCGAGACGCUUCGCCGACUUUAGCAAGACGCCCGAUCUGUUCCGGCACACGCCGGUGUGAUUCGGCGGAAGAAGGUGGGGCUGGCGACAUCGAGUAGGCUAUACGACGAGUGCUUCGAGCAAAGACGGCGCGCAGAUGCGCCAAGAACAGCGAGCGCUAGGCAGCAGGGUGUGAAGGCGGGCCAGUCGGUUCCAGGACCAGGACGAGGUGGCAAACCAAAUGUAGACGACAAAGCACAGCGAUCAUGACGAGGCACGAGUGACGGGCACGGCUGGGUUGUAGUCCCCAUGCACAGUUGUAAGCAACGCGGAACAGCAUCCCUGUACAUGCUCUCUAUGCUCUAGCCUUUCCUCUACUUCUUCUUCAUCAAGCCCUUCUGCAGCCACUUGGGCAUCUUGACCUCGCCCGCCUUGCCUGUGAGCUUCUUGGGUUGCUCAGGAGGCUCCUUGACGGCAGGCGGGGGAAGCGG